CUGUGGACCCCGGCGAAGGACGUUCAUCUAAUUAAAUAUGCUUUGGAUUCACAUCUUUUCGGAUGAUGAAAUUGGAAACGGAAUCUGCGUACCGACAGGCUUCAAUCCCUAAUAUCUAAGGGGAGAAUGAGUAAUUUAUCAGCGGAUUUCAGGAGGCAUGAAUCAGCUAAAAGUAGAUUGAAAGAUUUAUUGCUUCAGAAAGAUAAUCAAGCUUGUGCGGAUUGUGGUGCCCCAGAUCCUAAAUGGGCCUCUGCAAAUAUUGGUGUGUUUAUAUGCUUAAAAUGUAGUGGCGUGCACAGAAGCCUUGGAACACACAUAUCAAAGGUUUUGUCAAUAACAUUGGAUGAAUGGUCUGAUGAUGAGAUUGAUGCAAUGAUAGAGGUUGGAGGAAAUGGUUCUGCUAAUGCAAUAUAUGAGGCCUUUAUCCCUGUUGGAUAUACGAAACCUGGACCAAGUGCCAGCCAUGAGGAUCGCUCAAGGUUCAUUCGGUCUAAGUAUGAACUUCAAGAAUUUUUAAAACCGAGCUUGCGAAUUGUAUCCAAUAACUCCUCAAAGGAACCUGAGGAGCCAAGUUAUUUUGAAGAGAUUGUUGAUAGCUUUCGAAGCUCAAAUUCUUCAAAGAAAUCACCACAAGAAGGCAUGGUUGAAUUUAUGGGAUUACUGAAAGUCAAGGUGAUUAAAGGCACAAACUUAGCCGUGAGAGAUAUGAAGUCCAGUGAUCCUUUCAUUACCUUGACUCUUGGGCAACAGACUGCUAAAACAACAGUGAUAAAGAGCAACUUGAAUCCAGUUUGGAACGAGGAACUCAUGUUGUCGGUUCCUCAGGAAUACGGACCCUUGAAGUUGCAAGUGUUCGAUCACGACAUAAUUUCAGCAAACGACUUAAUGGGCGAAGCAGAAAUCGACCUCCAACCGAUGAUAACAUCAGCAAUGGCAUUUGGAGAUGCUAAAAUGUUUGAGAAUAUGCAGAUAGGAAAAUGGUUGAAGUCAGACGACAAUGCCCUGAUCGACGACAGUGCUGUCGUCAUCGUCGACGGGAUGGUCAAACAAGAGAUGUCACUCAAGCUCCAAAACGUAGAAUCAGGUGAAGUGUACUUAGAACUCGAGUGGAUGCCUCUUGAUCAGUAGUCACAUAAUAUUGGAACAUGAAUCUGGUUUUCAUUCUGUUCAAUUG